GCUUCGCCUCCGGCUGCUCACCGCUCCGGAGCCGGGGCCUGGGUCCAGCACCGCAGCCGCCGAUUGCAGAGCCGCGUCAUUUCCACCCCGCUGUCCACACUGGUCACUGAAACCUGAUACCUGAGCCCUCGGGAGCGCUGGCGCGGCGCACAUCUCAUCCCUGUAACUUCUGCUUCUUGUCCCCGCUGCCACCCACGCCCCGUCGCGGCCCGGCCGGGCGCCCCGACUAUUGCCUGUGCACCUUCCCUCCUGCAGCCACAGUGAUGUUUCCGAAGCGCCGACCUCAGCUCUUCACUUUUCCCGUUGUCAGAAUGACGUCCAGAUUUUUUUAGGCUGGAAGGUUCUAUUUUGCCCUUAGGUCACAUUUCCAUCUAAGCUUUCACCAUUUCCAGUCGCACGGUUUGGUUUAUGCUCCAGUAGUACCAGGGCUUUAGUUUCGUUGUGCAGCCAAGCUCCUCGCCUCAGAGCGGUUGCCAGGUUGUUCCCUCUACUUGGGAUUCAUUCCCCUUCCUACUGGAGCCUUCAUGACUCAGCACAGAAAUCACCUCCUGAAGUGCCUUUGAGAACUCAUUGCACCUGCAGCACCCUCGUGUAGCGGUUUUCUGUUCGUGGGUCUGUCUCUGCCUGUUACCUGAGGGCUGAGCGGUAUCUGAUUAACUUCUGACCUCUCAAGCCUAGGAUCAUCUGCCAUGCAGGUCCCGUGAAAGGUUGGAUGCCUGAGAAUCUGAAUGCUGAGUCACAUUUCUCUAGUGUAGAGCUGUCCAAGGAGCCUGUGCCAUGAAGCGUAUUCUGUGUCUGUGCCAUCCCCUGGUAGCCAUAACUCCCUGUGGCUGUUGAGCAUUUGAAAUGUGUCUGGUGUGCCCGAGGAACUGCACUUUUAAUUAACUUGAAUUUAAACGGUCACAUGUUGCUUCCAGAAUGGACUUCCCUGUGUUAAUGCCUUUCCAAAUCCUACCCAGCCCUUUCCCCCUCCUACACCUAGCUAGAGGUGCUCCCCUGACUACCUUGCACACUGGUCAGUCAAAUCAGUAAUGCUAUAUUUGUGUCCACACUCACUCCUCAGGUGACAUGCCAACAGGUGGUCCCCAGCCUUCCAUCCCUCCUGUAGCUUGCUUCAGUGGCCUGGGUCUAACUUUAGUGGUGAUUCACCUGUUGGGGCAGAGCUCUGCCACUGUGGGGAGUUCACUAAUCACACCUUCCCCCUGGUACCACUGUUGGGGGCAGGCCUUGCAGUCUUGUUCCACUUUGAGUCUCUUCAACUCCCCACCUGAUAGGUAUCUAGGCUGCCAAGAUGCCAGGGCCAAGACCUCGGAAGGGUCCUCAGACCAGUGGCCAGGGUGUAGCGGCUGCCAAGCAGCUGGGGCUCUUUGUGGAGUUCAGCCCUGAAGAUAUGAUGCUCGGAAUGGAUGAGACCGAAGAUGACGGAGACCUGGAAGCUGAGUUGUUAGCUCUCACCGGGGAGACAGGAACCAGAAGCGGGAAGCCAGCACCCAAGGGGCAGGCCCCUCUCCCCAUGGCCCACAUUGAGAAGUUGGCGGCAGACUGUAUGCGGGAUGUGGAGGAAGAAGAGGAGGAGGAAGGUCUGGAGGAGGAUGCAGACCUGCUGAAUGAGCUGCAAGUAGUCCUGGGUACAGAUGAGGAGGUUGGGCCCCCAGACAGCAGUGAGGCAGCUAGUCCAGACCUCUGUGAGGAGAAGGGACAGGAAGACACUGAAGCUUCAGCACCGGCAGGCCUGCUAACACCGUCAGUCCCAGCAGCUCAGGCUGGAGGGCCUCAGGGGCUGCAGGCUCUGCUGGAGGAACGGAUCUGCAAUUACCGGGAAGCUGCAGCUAGUGCGAAGAAGGCAGGUGAAGCGGCCAAAGCCAGGCGCUGUGAGCGAGGCCUGAAGACACUGGAGUUGCAGUUAGCUGCUGUGAGAAAGGGCAGGAAGGUCAAUGAGGAGGAGAUCCCACCUCCAGUGGCCUUAAGCAAGAGGCCCCCAGUCUCCCAGGAAACAGCCAACAGGAGCCCUGAGGCAGAUGCCCCAGCUACCUCUGUUUUGGAGCCAGACAAUGCCUCCCACCCUGAGUCCAGCCUGUUGGGCAGUCCUGGCAUUGCUACCCUUCCGGAUGCAGACCCAGACCUCCGGGCCCUGCUGUUGGCGCGACAAAGAGAAUACAAAGUGGCUGCCCUCAACGCCAAGCGGGCUGGAGAGUUGGACCGUGCCCGAGAGCUCAUGAGGAUUGGGAAGCGAUUUGGUGCUGUCCUGGAAUCCCUGGAGAAGGGGCAGCCUGUGGACCUCAGCACCAUGCCCCCGGCACCUGAGGACCUGAAGACUCCCUCACAGGUUGCUGAGGCUCCUGAAGCACCCUCAGUCCUACCCCCCGCAGUGGAGCGAGUACAGCCAGUGAUGGCCUCUGACAUCCCACCCACCCCAGUGACCCCUGCAGAGCCACAGACAGUGCUAGAUGCCCUGCAGCAAAGGCUGAACAAGUACCGUGAGGCGGGCACCCAGGCCCGGGCCAAUGGGGAUGAGCGCAAGGCCCGGAUGCAUGAGCGCCUCGCCAAGCAAUAUCAAGAUGCUAUUCGAGCACACCGAGCAGGACGGAAAGUGGACUUUGCUGAGUUGCCUGUUCCUCCAGGAUUUCCCCCCAUCCCUGGCCUGGAGCCCACUGUGAGCAAUGAGGACUCAGUGGCAGCAACUUUGGCAGCUGCCCAAAAACUGGCCACUUCAGAAGAUACAACGCUGGCAGAUGAAGAUGAGGAUGAGGUUGAGCCCUCAGCAAAGGCCCCGGUGGCCAAGAAGCCAGCUCAACCUCUGAUUCCUUCAUCCCAGCCCCAGCCUGAACCCAAGGCCUCGAGUUCUAGGGAGUCUCUGAGUCCAUCUGUGCGGGAGCAGCUGGCACUCCUGGAGGCACGGAAGCUGCAGUACCAGCGAGCAGCCCUGCAGGCGAAGCGCAGGCAAGACCUGGAGAAGGCCAAAGCCCACCUGCGGGUUGCCAAGGGGCUUGAGGCUCAAAUCGUGCAGGCCCGAGCCGGCCGACCUGUUGACCUCUCGCAGGUACCUUCACCAUGGACAGAUGAAGAGGGUGACUUCAUCCUCAUCCACCACGAGGGCCUACGGCUCUCCCCAAAGGCUGAGGAAGUGUAUGCCCAGCUACAAAAAAUGCUUCUGGAGCAGUAUGAGAAGUGCCUGCUGUUCUCCAAGCAGUUCAUGCACCAGGGCAAUGUGGCUGAGACUACCCGAUUUGAGAAGCUUGCUCAGGACCGCAAGAAACAGCUGGAGAUCCUGCAGUUGGCUCAGGCCCAGGGCCUCGACCCUCCCGGCCACCACUUUGAGUUGAAGACAUUCCAGACUGUGAGGAUCUUCUCAGAGCUUAACAGCACAGAAAUGCAUCUGAUCAUUGUCCGGGGAAUGAACCUCCCAGCCCCUCCAGGGGUGACCCCUGAUGACUUGGAUGCUUUUGUGCGGUUUGAGCUUCACUACCCUAACUCGGACCAGGCUCAAAAAGGCAAAACUACUGUAGUGAAGAAUACAAACUCCCCAGAAUUUGAUCAAGUCUUCAAACUAAACAUCAACCGAAACCACCGGGGCUUCAGGAGGGUGAUCCAGAGCAAAGGAAUCAAGUUUGAAAUCUUCCACAAAGGAUCCCUCUUCAGGAGUGACAAGCUGGUUGGCACAGCACACCUGAAGUUGGAGCAGCUGGAGAAUGUGUGUGAGAUCAGAGAGAUUGUAGAGGUCCUAGAUGGGAGGAAACCAACUGGAGGGAAGCUGGAGGUGAAGGUGAGGCUGCGGGAGCCAUUGAGCGGCCAAGACAUGCAGAAGGUGACAGAGAACUGGCUGGUCCUGGAGCCCAGAGGCCUGUGAG